AGUUGCCUUGUACUUACCACAUGAAGGCUGCUCUUAUUAUCGCUGCGAUCGCCACGGCGGCUCACGCCAAGGUCGCUAGCUCCGUCUUGCGGGCCUUGGAGGUCGACGGUGCCACGGAUGUAUUUGUGCGCUUUGCCGACAGCCCCCUCGAGAGCGGCAUGAUCACCGAGGGCGCGACGCGUCAGGACGUUUUUGAGAUCCUCAGCGAGCGUACGGAAGAAGCCACCAAGUCCAUCGACGACGUCACCAAGGGCUUUGAGACCAAGUCGCUCUGGAUCGUGCCCGGUACGUUCAUCAAGGCGGCCGACCAAGCCACUGUCGACAAGCUCGCGCAGCACCGCGGCAUCAAGACGAUCGAGCACCUACCCGAAAUUUCGCUCGACCCCGUGCUCACGCAAACGACUGCCGACGCCACCGCCGCGGCCAACGCAACCAUUCAGUGGGGCGUGCAGACCGUCGGUGCGCCGGAAGUGUGGAAGCACUUUGACGGCAAGGGCGUUGUCAUUGGCUCCAUCGACACGGGCGCCCGCCACACGCACGAGCUCAUUAAGGACUCGUGGCGCGCCGACCGUGGCUGGUACGACCCCUACGACCACUCGGCGCUUCCGGAGGACUUUGACGGUCACGGCACGCACACCAUCGGCACGAUGACGGGCAAGAACGGGUUUGGCGUCGCCCCCGGCGCGCAGUGGAUCUCGUGCCGCGGCCUUUACAAGGGCACGGGCUCGUCGCAGGCGCUCCUCGAGUGCCUUCAGUUUAUGAUUUGCCCGACGCGCACGGACGGCACGCACCCCGACUGCUCCAAGGGCGCGCAUGUCAUCAACAACUCUUGGGGCGGCAAGAAGUACCACCCGAUCUACGAAGAAGCGGUCGCUGCCCUUCACAAGGCCGGUAUCAUUCCGAUCUUCGCGAACGGCAACAGCGGCCCCGCCUGCGCGACGACCGGCAACCCCAGCGCGUACCCCAACGUCAUCUCGGUCGGUGCGAUUGGCUCGUACGACAACGAACCCACCAAGCUCGCGUACUUUUCGUCCAAGGGCCCCGCCACGUACAUCGACGCGCACAACGUCAAGCAGACGAUCGUCAAGCCGACGAUCUCGGCCCCCGGCUUCUUUACGCUUUCGGCUUCCAACUCGAGUGAUAGCGUCACGGUUGGCUUGGCCGGUACGUCGAUGGCGGCGCCGCACGUCGCUGGUGUCGUCGCCUUGAUGAAGUCGGCCAACAAGGACUUGUCCUACAACGACAUUUACGCGUACCUGACGCAGACCGCCGACCAGGAGAUGCUUGAAGCCGAGCCCGCCAAGUGGUACAAGCGCGAUGUCAACAAGACCGUUCUGGAUGGCGCGCCCAACUGCGGUGGCGUCUCGGACACGGCGUGGCCCAACAACCGGUACGGUUACGGCCGUGUCAACGUGGCCAAGAUCCUCAAGGACGGCAAGUUGGCGCCCGUGACGACGCCCGCGCCGACGUCGCACACACCGGUCGCGAUGCCGGACCCCGUCGACGCCAAGUUUUGCACGUACAAGAAGACGGUGCUCUCCGACAUCAACCUCGUCGACAACUUGAUCACGUCCGUGUCGGCCGAGGACUUUUGCCUCUCGCUGAUCAAGGAUUCGAGCAACACCAACGCCGUCGCGCUCCGCGAGUGCAAGGGCGACGCGACGCAGAUCUGGAAAUUUGACACCGUCGCCAAGCGCAUCGUCCACCCGCAGUCGGGCUUUUGCUUGACGUCGAACGCCGCCAAGCUCGGCGCCGGCCCCAGCGUCGCCCCGUGCUCGUCCGGUGCCGUGAGCCAGUACUUUGACCAGUGCGACAACGUCAAGGAGAAGAGCUACGUCAAGCUCAUCACCAAGACCAACAAGGUCAUCUCCGAGUUUUACUCGGGCGUCUACGCCGACUGGGUCUCGGACUCGGUCAACGAGCUCUUUGUGUACGACAACAGCGCCAAGACGCUCCAGGUCGCCAGUAACGGCGAGUGCCUCGACGCGUUCCGGGACGGCGAGAAUUUCGGCUUGCACACGUACGCCUGCGACGCCACCAACGGCAACCAAAAGUGGAUCAUCGAUGCCGGCAACCACAAGAUCAAGCACGCGACGCACAGCAACUUGUGCUUGGACGUGGACCCGACCAACCCGACGCACGCGGCGCAGGUGUGGGAGUGUCAUAAUGCCAACUCCAACCAGUGGAUCGACGCGGUGGUCUAUUAG